GGGGAGGGAAGAUGGCGGCGGCGGCGGCGGCGGCAGCAGCGGGGAACCUGGCGCGGCUGGGUGCCGUGUGUCUGCGGGGCCUGCGGAGGGGCGGAGCCCCUGCGGCGGCGGGAUUGUUCUCCUCUCCCGUUGUGUCACCGCUGUCGCAUAUCCACACAAGUGCUUCUCUUGAUGCCUCCUUUAAAUGGGAGAAGAAAAAUAACAAAAUUUACCCUCCUCAACUGCCUGACGAGCCUCGGAGACCAGCAGAAGUAUACCACUGCCGAAGACAAAUAAAAUACAGCAAUGAAAAGAUGUGGUAUGUGGCAAAACUGGUUCGAGGAAUGUCAAUUGACCAGGCCCUGGCUCAGCUAGAAUUCAAUGACAAAAAAGGAGCAAAAAUAGUCAGAGAGGUUCUUUUAGAAGCUCAAGACUUGGCAGUGAGAAAACACAAUGUAGAAUUCAAAUCCAAUUUGUACAUAGCCGAAUCUACUUCCGGAAGAGGCCAGUACCUGAAACGCAUCCGCUACCAUGGGAGAGGUGGCUUUGGUAUCAUGAAGAAGGUAUAUUGCCAUUACUUUGUGAAGCUGGUAGAGGGACCCCCUCCUCCUCCGGAGAAGCCAAAGUCUGACUUUGACCACGCUAAGGACUACAUCCAGGAGCUCCGCAACCGGACCAUCAUUCAUUCCCUCUGAUGAAUUCCAAGCCCACAGCGGGCAUCUUUUUUCAACCAUCUUUUGAAAUUAUAACUGUAAACAAAGA